GUGGCAUAGAUAGAGAGAUCACAUGGUACCCUUUGUUGGAGUGGAAAGUAACAGAUGUGCGCAUGCGCAUUAAGUGGAGCACGGGAAGCAGCAACAGAAGCAACAUGGAAGAGUUUCAGACUGGAGAGGAGACUACCUUUGUUGUUGACGAAGUUAGUACCAUCAUCAAAGAGUCAGUUGAAGGUGCUAUUGGAGGAAAUGCUUACACGCAUAGUAGAGUAAACCAAUGGACAUCAAAUGUGGUGGAGCAGUGCCUAAGUCAACUGGCAAAACUAGGCAAACCUUUUAAAUAUAUUGUGACUUGUAUCAUCAUGCAGAAGAAUGGCGCAGGGCUUCAGACUGCUAGUUCCUGCUUCUGGGACAAUUCCACUGACGGAAGCUGCACUGUGAGAUGGGAGAAUAAAUCUAUGUACUGUAUUGUCAGUGUAUUUGGACUAGCUCUAUAAAAUAAAAAUCCUGUUAGUUUAUUUUUCACACAAAUACCAGUGGUUAUGUUAAUUUAAAGUACAUAUUUAUAUGUGUGCUGUGUUCAGUGUGUUUGUAAGUGUUAUUUGUGUAUUUUAACUGUGACCAAAAUUCAACACAAGCUCUGAAGGUGCGAAAACAGUAACAUGCUGCACUUUCAAAUGUUUACCACUGAAAUGUUUUGUGUUUUUCUAAUUUAUCUUACGUCGUUUUAAAUAAAUUAUUACAUCUUUUUUUUUUUUUUUUUAAAUAGCUACCAACAAAAAUUACUUAAGGACCUAUUUGAAUAUUAUUUUACAUAUCCCCUGCACCGUUACUCUAUCAUCUAUAUCUAUAAAAUAAUUGAUAAAAGUAUAAAAGUUUAAAUCUACUAGUGUGCCAAGUUACAUCACAAUUAGUUUACAAUGUGUUUUGUUUCUUGAACAGGAACAAGAUUUCCCACUUUUUAACUGCCUAUUUUUCGUGAACGUAUUUUUGUAUGUAAUGUAAAAGUAUUCAGAAACAUAAUGAUGACAUUACAACAUUUGUAAUAGCUGCAGCAGUAUCUCAGAUUUGUUAUGUUUGGUCCUGUAUAGACACACAUUAGUUUUUCUUCACCCAUGCAUAUUGUACAAAUAAAAGUUCAAGGUCA